AUGUCCGCUUGGCUUUCAUUGACCUCCCCCCGUGGAGUUUUUCGCUUCCUCGAUCUUCCUGGCGAAAUCCGCAAUAAAAUUUACGAGAUGGUAACUUGUGAUAUCGAAGAUCCCAAGCCACUUGAUAACUUAGACACAAUAUCUCUCCCUGUGUAUAAGAAGAAUUUCAACCCUAAUCUAUUGCUAACUUGUCAUCAAAUCCACGACGAAGCAAAAUACGUUAUGAUGACCAAGAAUCUUUUCGUCGAAGUCCAACUAUCGGGGGUAGGAAGAAGAUUGAAUAACGACUUCCAGUCUAUGCUUCGUUUAUACCGAGUGCCAGUCAUCUGUAUCAAAACAGAUAUACAGCCCGAAGACCGUUCUUUCGAUGGCUGUGUCAUAAGAUAUCGCGUAUCUUGUGAUGAGCGAAGAAGUGUAUGGGAACGAGACUCGAUUGAUUCUUUAGUCAUAUCGCAUCGUCACAUGAAUAUAUUUCUCGAAGCUAUCCACCAGACUCAAUGGUUCAUCUCAACAUGUACAAAGAUGCGUUCGUAUCAUGAUGUCACACUUCAAAACCCUUUUGUCUCCAGGUCUGCAUACUUUGAUGGCAGUCGCAGUCAAUUUUCCAUUCAGGCCUUACAGAACAAAGAAGAUGCACUUCUAUCUCCAUUCUCCACUAUCAAAGAAGGCCCAAUUUAUAUAUUCAACGACUUGUCGGGAUCUUAUAUACAGCACGGCAAUACGAGACCUCCCGCCGUUUCCUCUAUCACGACUGAAAGCGUGUUAGAAGACUUAGAAGAAAUAAUAAGAAAGGGACGAGACCAUCAUCUUCGAGGUAUAUACGUGUAUGCCGAAGCAUUCUACAAGCUUGCCGACUACAAAAUUUCAGUUCUGAUGAAUUCCCUUCGCAACAGGACGGUUGCCAGACUUUUUAAAAAGGAAGGACUAGAGCCUGAGGAUCAAAUAAUCGAAGGACAAAUAUUUGAAGAUCAACUAGCCGAAAUUUACUCCACAAUAUGCUACCAUCGUGCACAAAAUGCUCUUGCGGAUAUGCGCCAUCUCAUAGAUAAUGGCUUGGGUCAACACGCAAGCGAUGCGUGUGACAUAAUUCACAAGAUGUCAUCACAAGGUCAAGCUCCUUUAUCAUUCCCCAAUUUCAUUCCAAAUCCAGAGCGAAUUGUAGAUCACAUAUUCAUGGAAGCCGUUUCAUUCAGGCUAUGGGAAGAAGUACGCAGGGGAGACCGAUGGAGCAUUGAUAAGGCUUUGGAGAAGGUAGAAUUAGGUCUCGAAAUGGCUCCCAAUCACCCUGGGUUGAAAGCCGAGAAAUAUCGUAUCGUUCGUCGAAGAGUAGAAUCAGUCCUUGAUCUUUCUAUGUAUGUAUUUCCUUCAGCUGUAGGAUUUGGAUGGUUUUGUUUUUAA